CUGGCUCACAGGUAACUGUGGGAAGGUGUCUGAGGUGUUGAGUGUAUGCUGUGUGCUGCCUGACUGACUGGUGGGCAGGGAGGUGGCUGGGUUGAGUGCUUGGUGUGCCUGGAGGACCUCCUGGCUAUCUAUUCCAUCAAAGAAAAAGGAAGCCUUAACAGCCCAUUGGUGCAAAAGGAAGUGGUAGAGAGGUUUGAGCAGGGGUAGGUCACCAAGGGAGGGGAAAUGUCAGGCUGCUCUUUCUUAUUUUCUUUUUUUUUUUUUUUAAUUCAACCUUUAAUAUUUAUUCCCACCAGAGUAGUUGUUCAAAGUCUCCCUUCCUACUCUGGCUGUUGCUACCACUGUUUUUCUCCUCUGAUUUUGACUUAGGUGUUUGUUCUAGCUCUGUGGCACUGGCUGUUGCUGACAGAAGCUCUUUUAGUGGUCCCUCUUUCAUGUGUUCUCUUCCCAUAACCCUUCUUACAGCAAUCCUGUCUUCAUGUUUGCUUACCUUGGUCUUCUCCACUGCUCACCUUCCUUGCCUUGCCUGCAAAUCCUCUCAUCUCCCAGCACAAAUGAGCUGUUUAUCCCUGAACUAAUGGGUGCUCACAAUGCUCUGCUCAUAAUGUUGCAGAACUGCUUAAAUUCAUGGUGAUUAAAAAAUAAAAAGACGGAUUACUUUUUUGCCCAGCCCCGUAAAAUUAGUUGUAUUUUUUUCACUCAGUAUGGUUAUUGCUGUAGGAUGAGUUGUUUGCAGUGAGCCAGAAGCCCCUCCUGGUUUUGAAGCAACCCUUGGGUUACCCAGCUCAUUCAGGUUACUGAGCCAUUGUCACAGAGGAGAAGGACUUUGUGCAAGAGAUAUUUCAAAGUGGAGGCUUACUACUAAUCUGAUCACUGGUUUGUGUGGGCAAAUGGGGAGUUUUGCCUGUUCCCACACACCCUGACCCCUUGGGGACACACCCUCCCCAGGUACUAGUGGCAGUGCUGGUGAACAGCUCAGGUGAGGCUCACCAGCUCUGAAGGGUGCAUGCUUUUAUUUAUUUGCUUUUAUUUAAUCAGAAACUAGGGUCACUUGGCCCAGUAUUUAAGCUCUUGUCGGGGAGAGAAUGAGAGUUGAAAGCAUUCAGAAUUUUUUGUUCCAGUUUUGAUUUAAGUCAUGUGAAGAGCUCUCAAGCUUUCUGGUGUUCAGUUGCAGCUUGAGUAAAAUAGUUCCAAUUGGAAGAUGAGGGGGAUGUGUGUUUCAACUCACAUUUAGAAUUUUUUCAAAUGGGCUAUGCAAGACUAAACUUAGGUUAUUGACAUCUUAGGUCAACAAGACAGAGAAGUCAAAAUCUCCUUUUUUGAAGAGUGUGAUGUGUAUUAUCUUGGUAGAAACUUUGGGACAUGAGGCAACAAACAGCACUGAGUGCAGGAGAUCAGUAUUUACUCCAGACAUUGCCAGCAACUUAAGUCAUCUUCAUCCUGACCCUGAGUAAAAUUUGGAUGGUGGCAAGACCGGAAGCCAGUGUUAGCAGUCUUAAAUAUUUAAAUACUUGAGUGGUUUUGAAGUAGAGAAAGAAGGGGGUGGGAGUUUAGAGCUAGAGAUAUUACAUAUUCAUUUGGCCACUGACGUCCAAAGUAGUUUGGUGGCUGCUGCUGCUGCUCAAGAUCUCAAAGGUGACUAUCUUUUCCUUAUGGAAUAAAUGUGUGUGUACUUGUCAACACCUUCUAAUUAAAUCUAACACAUUCAAAUUGUGUUGGAGGACGGCUCCACCAGUGUGACUCAGGGCGUGUUUUUGAGCCAUUUGUGAGGAAAUGUGGUGAAUGUAAACUUGCUCUGUUCGGGGGGGAAAUUGUGAGCUGAGGCUUGCAUUAGCCCUUUUGGCCACAGCCUUGCGUGGGGAAUUCAUGUCGAGCUGAUUGCUUCCCAGGACCCUGGGUCUCACAUUCAGUCUCUGCUUCGGAGGAUAGAGUCCUCUCUCUCCCUCUCAUCCUGAUUUUAGAUAAUGGGCUGUGUGCAAUGUAAGGAUAAAGAAGCAACAAAACUGACUGACGAGAGGGAUGGCAGUUUAACUCAAAGCUCAGGCUACCGCUAUGGGACAGAUCCUACUCCUCAGCACUAUCCUAGCUUUGGUGUGACUUCAAUCCCAAACUACAACAACUUCCAUGCCACAGGAGGCCAAGGACUGACUGUGUUUGGUGGAGUCAACUCGUCCUCUCAUACAGGGACGCUGCGUACAAGAGGAGGAACAGGUGUAACUCUUUUUGUGGCGCUUUAUGACUAUGAAGCAAGAACAGAAGAUGACUUGAGUUUUCACAAAGGAGAAAAAUUCCAGAUACUUAACAGCUCGGAAGGAGACUGGUGGGAGGCCCGUUCCUUGACAACAGGCGAAACUGGGUACAUUCCCAGUAAUUAUGUGGCUCCAGUCGAUUCCAUCCAAGCAGAGGAGUGGUACUUCGGCAAGCUUGGCCGAAAGGAUGCUGAGAGGCAGCUGCUGUCGUUUGGAAACCCCAGAGGUACCUUCUUGAUCCGGGAAAGCGAAACUACCAAAGGUGCCUAUUCCCUGUCUAUUCGAGACUGGGAUGAUAUGAAAGGAGAUCACGUCAAACAUUAUAAGAUUCGUAAACUUGACAAUGGUGGAUAUUAUAUCACAACUCGGGCACAAUUUGAAACUCUUCAGCAGCUGGUUCAGCAUUACUCAGAGAGAGCUGCAGGUCUUUGCUGCCGCUUAGUAGUCCCCUGUCAUAAAGGAAUGCCAAGGCUUACUGAUCUGUCUGUCAAAACCAAAGAUGUCUGGGAAAUUCCACGAGAAUCCCUACAGUUGAUCAAGAGACUGGGAAAUGGGCAGUUUGGGGAAGUAUGGAUGGGUACGUGGAAUGGAAAUACUAAAGUGGCUAUCAAGACCCUGAAGCCUGGCACUAUGUCUCCAGAAUCCUUCUUAGAGGAAGCCCAAAUCAUGAAGAAGCUAAAACAUGACAAAUUGGUCCAACUUUAUGCUGUGGUAUCUGAAGAGCCUAUCUAUAUUGUCACAGAGUACAUGAGUAAAGGGAGUUUGCUAGAUUUCUUAAAGGAUGGAGAAGGAAGAGCGUUGAAGUUACCGAACUUGGUGGACAUGGCAGCCCAGGUGGCCGCGGGAAUGGCGUACAUCGAGCGGAUGAACUACAUACACAGAGAUCUGCGGUCUGCGAACAUCCUGGUGGGCAACGGCCUAAUAUGCAAGAUUGCCGACUUUGGAUUGGCAAGACUGAUUGAAGAUAAUGAAUACACAGCCAGACAAGGUGCAAAAUUCCCCAUUAAAUGGACUGCACCAGAAGCAGCACUGUAUGGAAGGUUCACAAUAAAGUCAGAUGUGUGGUCUUUUGGGAUCCUACUGACAGAGCUGGUAACAAAAGGGAGAGUGCCAUACCCAGGCAUGAAUAACCGGGAAGUCUUGGAGCAAGUAGAACGAGGUUAUCGGAUGCCGUGUCCUCAGGACUGUCCCAUCUCCUUGCAUGAGCUUAUGAUUCACUGCUGGAAAAAAGACCCAGAGGAACGUCCAACUUUUGAGUAUUUACAGGGUUUUCUUGAAGACUACUUCACUGCAACAGAACCCCAGUACCAGCCUGGUGACAACCUGUAAAUCCCUGGUUUCCAGACACUGUCAUGAAUUACCAGGUAUUUCUCAGCCCUGUCCCACCUGCUCUCCACCUUCCAAUCUGUGAUCGGCUUCUCCAGAGUGCAACAUCUUCCAGCACUGCAGUGCACAGGAGGGGCUGCAGCUGGGAACUUCCACAGCCCUUGCCUAUGACCACUUGUCCUAAUAAUCCGAAUGUCCUGGAUGAAAAGGAGAAAAACACUUGUUUUUUCUUAAUCAAAGACUCCAAAACUGCAUUGUAUUGAUGUUAUGUAAACUGCAAAACCUCUGUUUCAUUGUAAAUAGUAACUCAGUGCCAAUAACUGAUCCUAGUGCUUUCCUUUUUUUAAAAUGCAAAACCUAUGUGAUUUUAACUAGUCUUCUCCUGAUUCAACUAAAAGUAUUAUUUUCCAAAAGUGGCCUCUUUGUCUAAAACAUUUUUUUUUCAUGUUUUAACAAAUAAAAAAAAUCAGGACAGGUGUUUGGGUUUUUGCUUUUUUAUAUAUAAAAUAUAUAUAAUAUAUAUACAUACCUGUACAUACAGUAUAUGGGUGCUAUUGCAGAGGAGGCUCAUUUGGAAUUGAAUGAAUCCUGCUGCAGCUGUACCCAGAAAGUGAUAAUUUUACUGCAGACAUGAAAACACUGGUGGGAUUCUGAAAGCCAGUGAUCUAAUUUUUGGCUUUUGCCAAGCAUGAUUUUUUUAAAUUGGAUUGCACUUUUUGUUUAUGAUUAUGUACCUGUAGAUGGUUGUAACUUUGCUCUUUCAGGAAUCACGUGCUGUAUUUACAGUAAUGUUUCCAAUGUUUGACAAGUGUGUGAUGAUUUGUUCUUGAAAUUAAAACGAACAUAUUUAAAGCAAGAAAACUACACCAUCACCAUUUGAACUGGAAAAUUGAAACUGCAAGGACUUCUUGUAUCAAAACAUGUAUACUGAAAUGUUUCAAAAAGGUUUAUUAAGCAGUGUAACCACAUUCAGAUGGUCUUAAAAUAAUAGCAUUUUAGCCAUGUCCCCCUGCUAAACUGUUGGUCAUGCAACUAGGAUUUUUCUGUUUUAUGUGUAACAUUUUUCCAUUGUAAAAUAAGUGUGUUGAGUGUCCUGUACUGCUAAUGAAAUUACUUUCUCUGUGUCUGCAAGUUCUCCAGUGGAAUUACUAUGCACUUCUUUGCAUUUCAUGGGGGAUGCACAGAACAAAGUAUUACCUUUUCAGUUGUCUGUACCAGCCUUGAAUUACUUACGUUUAACCAAAAAACGCAAAAAAAAAAUUCCUUUCUAUUUCUAUUGAGUUUUUAAUACUGAGUUGCAAAUUUUAAAGUCUUAAUUACAUUUUGUUAUGGUUUAUUCACAAGUUUACAUUUUAAAACUGUUUAACUUUCUUAAUUUAGUAAUUAAAAAAGAAGAGCAUUUUACAUUUGGAUAGUUGUUUUUUUGUUUAAACUAAUGGAGCUAAUGGUGGACAUGAGAUUAAAAACUUUUCAGGAAGGGGUGUCAUGCCAUUUGGAGCAUCAUAUUUCAAAGGAGUAUGCAGACCAAUUACCUAUGGGUCAUAAUUUUCCAAAUUAUGAAGUCAAUAUGUUUUUAAAUAGCUGGAGUUCAACUGCAAGGAAGAUGGCUGAAUGCAUAGCUACUCUCUCAUUUCUCUCUUCUACAGCAGUUUGUUCUUUAUUAGUUCUGUUGCAUUUAACAUGAAUACUUUUACAUUUACAAGUGUUGCAGGAAAAGCUUUUCUAUGUCUUGUAUUGCUGUUACUGCUUGAAAAGAUUGUGGCCAACUAAGACUUCCUGACAGUUGAAACUUUUUUUUUUUAAUUAUUUAGUACUUAGAUUGUGAAUUCAUAUUCUGAAGAUUCACACAUUUUCUAAAGAGAACCUUUCUUCGUUCAUGAAAACUAACCCAAUAAUCAAUUGAGAUUCAGAGAACAAAUUGUCAUUGUUUUAAUAUUUUCUAUACAGAACUGACUGAAAAUCCUCUUGCAAAGGAGGCUUCCACACUUAGCCUUUCUCAAAGUGUGAAUUUAUAUGGCAAUGUUGCUUGUUACCAGAUUUCCAUGAUAAAUUGGUUAACGUUUUACAUGUAGAGUCUAUAAGUAACGUUAUGUACAUUAUCUAUUCAAUGUUGCUGUACCUGUAGCUGUGGAGUACUGAAGAGGCCAUGAUCCUUGUUGGACUUCUAGCUUCCUCUUAGUACUUACAAAGCAAGUCGUGGCCCUCUUUUUUUUCACACAGCUACCCCCCUGCCUUAAAAUAUCAUCCAUGGAACUGAGGACUCCAUAGUAACUCAGCGGGCUGGCGAAGCCAAAAUGUCACCUCCUCAGCCCAGAGCCCGGUGGCGAAGCAUGGCCAUUCUGCCAAGUUCCUUAGCAGCCUUUGCUAUGCCACAAACUUAAGUGCAGAUUCCAUCUGUAAUGCGGGACGAGCCUAAAAUGUUAGUUUGCCUAUGUUUCUCAUUGGAAGUAAGACUCAGAUGGGGCGUUGUUGGGGUUUUAUGGCCUUUAUUUCUGAUUCUUGGGUUUGCUGUCUCUUGUAUUGCAUUCGGUCUCUGAGUACCAUGUUGGUCUCUGCCGGAUCUCUGCCUGCAGCUGGCUUGUGUGCAGACUGGUGCCACUGUUAAGUGGCAAGUCCAGACCAUUUCUCAUCGGUAGCUCUUCUGCUUCUUUUUCUUAAUGUUGGGAGUUUUGUUGUUUGGGUUUUUUAAUCUCUCAAAUAAAAAACAUUAGCAAAAAAUUUAAA